AUGGUCAGGCCAGGCUGUCCAGUCAUUCUGCUCCACCUGUUCAGCAUCUUUGUACAGAUGGAAGCUAGUACUCGGGAUAUCCUGUAUCCGUUUGGACCCGGCCAUAGGGAUCUAGAGACCCCGAAGAUGGAUGAUGGGAGUUCACCUGAAAUAACUAUGCUUAUUCACUUCAUUUACUUCAAUGUCCCCUACCGUUCCAUCUAUGUCAACAACAAUGGUGUGGUCUCCUUCAACGUGCAGGUUAGCCAGUUCACACCAGAGGCUUUUCCCCUGAGUGACAGCAGAUCAUUCAUUGCUCCACUUUGGGCAGAUGUGCACAACGGCAUCCGUGGAGAUGUGUACUACCGAGAGUCCACUGAACCAGAAAUACUGGAAAGGGCAACACAGGAUGUUCGGAAAUACUUCAGAAACAGGCCCACGUUCACAGCCACCUGGGUCUUUAUUGCAACAUGGCACCAAGUCACUUUCUAUGGAGGAAGCCAGACAACACCGGUGAACACAUUCCAAACUGUACUAAUCUCAGAUGGCGCGUCAUCCUACUGUAUGUUCAACUAUGGAGAAAUCACAUGGAGCACAGGAACAGCCAGUGGUGGAGAUCCAUUAACAGGACUGGGUGGGACAACAGCUCAGUCAGGUUUUAAUGGUGGAGACCUUGGUCACUUCUUCAACCUGCCUGGUUCACGGUCAAAUGAUGUAGUGAACAUCGAACAGACUACCAAUGUAAAUAUUCCUGGCCGCUGGUUCUUCCGCAUAGACACUGAACUGAUAGAUCCUGCCAAUGGCUGCAGCUAUAAUGGGCGUUAUUACAGACCAGGCGAAAUCUUCUGGCUAUCUGACCAGUGUUCACAGCGAUGCCGUUGCCUUGAUGUUGAUAAUGAGGUGCAUUGCCAAGAGGCUCCGUGUGGGCAGCUGGAAACCUGUGAACAGCAGGAAGGAGCCUUUUACUGCCAGCCGACCCGCACCAGUACUUGCGUGGUAUUUGGCGACCCACAUUACCACACCUUCGAUGGCUUCCUUUAUCACUUUCAGGGAACAUGCUCUUACCUGCUGGCUCGGCCUUGCUGGGAGGUGGCGGGAUUGCCUUUCUUCAGUGUGGAGGCUAAAAAUGAGAACCGUGGCGUCCCUUCUGUUUCUUGGCUUAGAGAUGUCACAGUGGAGGUGUAUGGUCACCGAGUCAUGUUACCCAAAGGAAGUCUUGGAGUAGCCCAGGUGGAUGGCUUAACGAAGACUUUACCAGUCAAACUCGAGCUUGGUGCUAUCAAGGUAUAUCAGUCUGGAGUUGCCGUUGCUUUAGAAACAGACUUUGGACUCUUGGUAACCUAUGACGGCCAACACUAUGCAUCCAUCUCCCUACCCAGCUCCUACUUUAACAACACUUGUGGCCUUUGUGGUAACUAUAAUGAUGACCCUGCUGAUGAUCCUGUGCUUCCUGACGGCUCUCUAGCAGAAAGCGUAGUGGAGUUAGGGGGAAGCUGGCGAGCCGAGGACACAGACUGGAGGUGUACAGAUGGCUGCGCCCACAACUGCAGCGUGUGUGAUCCACUUACAGAAGCCUUUUACUUUCGUUCAGACUACUGUGGGCUCAUUAACAAAACAGAUGGACCUUUUAGGGACUGCAGAGCUGUAGUGGACCCUACAGCCUUUGUCUACAGCUGUGUAUAUGACAUGUGCAGCAACAGGGAUAAUAUCACCACACUCUGCCAGGCCAUCCAGGCCUAUGCUCUGGCCUGUCAGGCCCUUGGUGUCACGAUACGACCCUGGAGAUCUCGCACCUUCUGCUCUUUGACAUGUCCUCAGUUCAGCCAUUACCAAGUGUGCACAAGUGCCUGCCCAGCCUCCUGUUCGGACCUCACCUCCGCCCUGUACUGUGCUCAUCCUUGCACUGAAGGCUGCCAGUGUAACCCAGGCUAUGUUCUCAGUGGCAGCCGCUGUGUACACCGUGAAGACUGUGGAUGUGAGCAUAAUGGCCUCUAUUACCCUCUAAAUAACACUUUCUGGGCAGGCCCCAGCGGCGAAGAACGUGAAUGUACCCUCCGCUGCAACUGUGGGCUUGAAGGGGAAGUCUCCUGUGUCAAUGCAUCCUGUAAGGAGGGUGAGGUGUGUUUGGCAGAGGUGGGCUUGCUGGGUUGCUACCCUCGGAGGGAGGGUGUAUGCUCAGUCACCCAGAACUCAGUGACAUCUUCCUUUGAUGGCACUUUCCUGAUGUUCCCGGAUGACAACUCCUACUACCUGCUGAAACUGUGUGGUCCAGUGCCAGCUAAUGGCUCAAUGGUAGAGGUGAAAAUGGGCAGGAAGCUGGUGAACAAAGGCCCCUCCUGGAAAAGACCUGUUAUAGUUAUAGUGGCUAACGUGGAAGUUCAGAUGGGAGGGUUAGAUUUUAAUACAGUAAAGGUGAAUGGUGAGUCAGUGGUGCUCCCAUAUGUCCAUCCGAUGGAGACGGUGAUGAUCUACAAAGCACCGGGCAAUGCUACAGUAGUGGAGGCGCGUAGUCUGAUGCGCGUCCAAUACACACGCCAGGGAUUCCUCAACAUCUCUCUCUCCACCAUGUACUACAACGUUACUUGUGGUCUAUGUGGCGUAUUCAAUAGCAAUUCCACUGACGACCUUCGCCUUCCAAAUGGACGCCUUGCUGAGUCUACUGAACAGUUCACAGAGAGCUGGCGGUCCAUUGCUGAUGACCUCACCUGUAAUGGUGAUUGUGAUGACCUGUAUCGAAUGUGCACAGACUUGCGUCUCUACCAGAGUCCUUGGAUGUGUGGCAACAUCAAUGACCCGGGGAAUAGUUCAUUUCUGGCAUGUCAUGCAGUGGUCAACCCUUCACCAUUCUUCAGGAACUGCUUGUAUAACAUGUGUGUAAGGGACGGGAAUCGUUCUGCCCUGUGUUCUUCACUUCAGGCUUAUGCCACCGCCUGUCAGGAUGCUCAAGAGGGGUGUCAGUGUGAAGACGGCUAUGCGCUGCGCGAUGGCCUGUGUGUGCCACGCAGUGAUUGUGGUUGCAUGUACCACGGGCGCCAACUGGCCACUAAUCAGACUUUCUGGACCGACUGGGAGUGCCAGGAACGCUGUUACUGCAAUGGCUCAGACAACAGUGUAUACUGUCAGCUUGCACCUUGUCACUCUGAGGAGUUCUGCCAGGAAAUUGAUGGCCUGUAUUCGUGCCAGCCGCGAACUGAGGCCCUGUGUGUUGUUGCUGGUUAUGGACAUUUUCUGCCAUUUGGUGGCAUACCAUUUGAGCUGCAGAGCUCCUGUACUCUUAGGAUGGUCACUACCAACUGUGAGAGAAAUAACAGGGACUCCCCAACCAUCGGUGGAACUUUUCCUCAAUUUAAAUUCGCAGCACGUAAUGAGGAAAGGGACACAGGCCAGGCAAUUUGGGUGAGGGGCUUUGUACUGGAGGUCUACGAGUAUGAGAUCGAAGUGUCUCGAAGCUUCAAAAACACUGUCACGGUGAAUAAGGAGCGAUUGUACCUUCCUCUGAAGCUGAGCUCAGGAAAGGUCAACAUCUUCACGUGGGGUAUGCAGCUCAUUCUGGAAACAGAUUUUGGCUUAAAGGUGGCCUUUGACUGGAACACGCUCCUCCUGUUAACUUUGCCCCGUGACCUCUACAAUACCUCCUGCGGCCUCUGUCAAGGCAUGCCCUUAACCCCACCCACCCUGACCACGACCGACUGGGGCAUGGCCUGGGCAGAGAGGGACACCUUCUGCCAGGUGGGAUGCGGAGACUCUUGCCCACGCUGUGGCCUGGGAGAGAAAAGCGUGAUGAAUGACGCCGCUCUCAUGGUGGCUGAUGCCAACACGAACAACGACAAUGGAGCAAAUGAAGUCAGCGCAGGCAUACAACGUUUCCACAUUGGAGAUGGACUAUACGUGUUUGUGGAGCCUGAGGCUGUGAGGCUGUGUGGGCUAAUUGUGGAUCGAGGAGGUGUAUUUGCACGUUGUCACAGUAAGGUGGCGCCAGCUUUCUUUUAUCAAAGCUGCCUGCAGGACACCUGUUUGGACCAGGGAGCUCAGGAUACAAUCUGUAACUGGCUACAGAUAUAUGCCAGCACCUGUCUGACCCAAGGCGUGCCUGUUACCGGCUGGAGGAGUGAAACACCAUGUGUCCAGAGCUGUCCACCUAACAGCCAUUACUCCAGUUGCGUGUCGGUCUGCCCACCCCAGUGCGCCCCAGCCCGUGGCCAGAGGGACUGCAGCCAGGACUGUGUGGAGGGCUGCCAGUGUGACCAGGGUUACGUGCUUAAUGGCAAGAACUGCAUCCUGCCUCAGAACUGUGGCUGCUACACUGAUGGCAAGUACUAUGAGCCCAAGCAGCUGUUUUGGAACAGUGAUUGUACCAAACGCUGUCAGUGCAUCGGACGAAACCUGAUCCAGUGUGACCCAAGACGCUGUAAGGCAGAGGAAGAGUGCACCCUACGGUACAACGUGCGUGGCUGCUUUGCGCGGCGCUCCCAGCACUGUGUGGCAUCUGGAGGUGGGGUCUUCAGGACCUUUGAUGGGGCAUCGCUGCGACUCCCGGCCUCCUGCUCAUUCGUCUUGUCCACAAAUUGUCGCAAGCUGCCUGACCUCUCCUUCCAGCUCAUCGCUAACUUUGAUAAAUGGAGCACACCCAACCUCACCACCAUCUCUCAUGUCUACCUUUACAUCAAUGAGGAGAAUAUACUUAUAUCUGGCAGCACUGUCAAGGUCAAUGGUACACCAGUAUCAGUACCGUUUCUUACUGGACUGAUGACACGUCUGUCCACAUCUGAAGGUUUCCUUGUAAUCGACACACCCCAGGACAUAACGGUCCGAUACAACCGUUUUAACACCCUUAGCAUCACAAUGGGCCAACGGCUUCAGAACAAGGUGUGUGGUCUCUGUGGGAAUUUUAACGGAGAUCCCAGUGACGACUACAUUACAUCUAGGGGCAAGCCAGCUGUCAGUGCCCUGGAGCUGGCCCAGAGCUGGAAGACCAACGGUAUGCAGAACAGUUGCGAUGAGACCCAGUACGUGGCUUUGGCCCAGUCCUGUGACAACACCGCAGUGGUGGCACUUCAAGGUGAAGAUGCCUGUCAGAAGCUCACCCAGCUGAAAGGUUUCUUCCAGCCAUGCCACGGCCUGCUGGAUCCCCGGCCCUUCUACCAGUCCUGCUACCUGGACGGCUGCUAUAAUCACCGCAAGGCUCAGGUCUGUGGCUCGCUGGCAGCUUAUGCAGAGGCCUGCCGCUCCCUGGGUACCCUCACCACCAAGUGGAUCACCCAAGAGAACUGCUCAGAAUGGAUCUUCGACCCCUGUGCAGGAGAGAUCUGCACAAACUUCACCUGUGAACUGGAGAACGGAGGUGACCUCUGUGGCUGUCCAGAGUUACCCACCACCACUGGAGGUGAUGAUGACAUUAUCCAGGCGGAGGUGACCUGUAAGCACGCUCAGAUGGAGGUUUCCAUCUCCAAGUGUAAACUCUUCCAGCUGGGCUUUGAACGGGAAGACGUCAGGGUCAACGAUGCACACUGUCCGGGCAUCGAGGGAGAGGACUUCAUCUCCUUCCACAUCAACAACACUAAGGGACACUGCGGCUCCAUUGUACAGUCGAACGGCACACACAUCAUGUAUAAGAACACUGUGUGGAUAGAGAGUGUGAACAACACCGGGAACGUCAUCACCAGAGACAAGACCAUUAAUGUGGAGUUUUCCUGCGCCUACGAACUGGACCUGAAGAUCUCACUGGAGACUGUUCUCAAGCCCAUGCUCAGUGUCAUAAAUCUCACCUUACCGACCCAGGAGGGAAACUUCAUCACCAAGAUGGCUCUAUACAAGAACUCCUCGUACCGCAAUCCUUACAGGGAGGGGGAGGUGGUGCUCAGCACACGAGACAUCCUCUUCGUGGGAGUCUUUGUGGAAGGGGCAGAUGAAAACCAGCUCAUCCUCAUAGUAAACAUGUGCUGGGCAACCCCUAGCCGCCACAGCAGCGACCGACUCCGCUAUAUCAUCAUAGAGAGAGGGUGUCCAAACAUUAAGGACAACACCAUCGGCAUGGCAGAGAACGGUGUGUCACUAACCUGUCGCUUCCAUGUCACCGUCUUCAAGUUCAUCGGGGAUUACGAUGAAGUCCACCUCCACUGUGACGUGUCUCUGUGCGACUCUGAAACGAACGCCUGCAAAGUGAACUGUCCUCACAAGAGAAGAAUGUACUCGGAGGAGAGUGAUCAUAAAGAGCACAUAUUGAGUGUUGGACCCAUUAGAAGAAGAGAAGCAGACUGGUGCGAGGACAACAACGGAGGCUGUGAGCAGAUCUGUAGCAGUAAGACAACUGGACCGGUCUGCAGCUGUGUGACUGGGAUGCUGCAACGAGAUGGGAAAAGCUGUCGGACUGUGAGCUCGAGCUGUAACCUGACUCCUGCGGUUUCUCUGCUGAGCGUCAGCGCUGUGAUCUCCGUGUUCCUGGCUCGUAUUCAUACUCUCCUCUCCUAACACCCUGUGAGCAAACAGGAAGGCAACAAAUGAGAAUAAAUGAAUAAAUAAAUAAAUAAAACACAGAAAAGACUUGAAGAUGCACAAAGUAUCAGCGUUGAUUAGCCAGUAGAUCAGCUGUGUACCAGUCAGAAUACACUGUACAUUCACAAAUCAUUGACUCCCAGAUAUUACUGAUGCAAAUGAAGUUCUGUAACUAAACGAGAAAAGUACGUCAGCUUUCUAGACAUGUGGACAGACGAUCCUUCCGAAACUCUAAAGUUUCACCCCCUCCACUUCUCAUUGUGUCAAUCUUCACCUCCAUCUCCUCCAUUAUUCACAUACAUCAGGACACAUCAUUGUGUGUUAUCAUUCACCUAAAGCCACUAUUUGAAGUUUUGCAAUGUGAUUAUAACAUCUUUUAGAUUAUCCGCCUACUUUUUGUUUGUAGAAAAAAUGAAUGCAUUAGUCUGCCACAGUGUUUUUUUUCUGAUACUACCACCAGAUGGCAUUGAAGUCCGAAAUGUUCUAAUCGUGCACAUAUUUGGUUCAAGGUAUAUUUAAUGUCAAAGAAGAAGAGGAAGAAAGAUCUGGGAUGUGAACAGAGGAUACUGGUGUUCAACACUUUAAUGCCCAACCAAAUCCAACUUCCUGACCUCCACACCUUUACUUUACCACUGAAUGUAAAUCACUAAUGCACAGCUGCAAAAUGAACAUGACAAAGAGUAUAAUAUCUAAAUACGUGUCUGACGUGUGGCCACAGGUUUUUGGAUUUACACCUGAUAUUAAUAAAUGUUCUCAUUAUCUUCAGUCUGCCAGCAUUGUGAUCUAAAUUUGCAAAAAUUAUGACGGAAAUGGCGGACUUGUUAACAAAUAUCUGUGUCCUGGUCUGUCCAGUUCCACAAUUCAGUCCACAAGAGGCCUUAAGUGGGCUUUCUGCCUGAACAUAUCCUGCUUAAAUUAUCACUGUCAAUACCAGUUCACCAUAAGUUAGAAGCUUGCUAAUGCUAAAUUGGGUUAUUCCUGUUGAUCGUGUGACCCUUGUCUUAUAAGCCCUGUACCAGGUUCAGACUACACCAGAUAUCAGCCCAGUAAUAGCCCAACCCGACAGUUCAGCCCAUCAGGCACCAAGGUCAUGAAAGGUUGUUGGGGACCAAUGUGUAGUCUGACAGGCCUCUUGGUCACAGCAACAAUUUCUGACUCUAUAAUCACCUAAUGUAACAUACUAAACAUCUUAACAUACAAUGGUACACGCUGUAUGGACUCUACUAACCAUUUGUCCUUUGCCACAUCUUAAAAAACAUCCAGAUUGCAUUGACACCUGGCUGAGAUCCAAUCACAACACAAGCCAGAUAUCCUCCAGAUGUGUGUCUGGCUGAUCUGAUAGGAUUCAGAUUAUAAGGCUGUUACGUUUUCUUUGCAGUACCAUAUAUUUCCUUAUCCAGAUAAGAUAACCAGACAUUAAUACCAGGUGUAUGUGGGCUCUGAGAGUCGAUUUAAAAAUCUGUGAAUAUAAAUUCUCCUGACUGUCUGUUGGACAGUAGAUCUACUGGCUAACUUUAACCAAAGCAGAGCUGAUCUAUAAAACUUCCCAUUUGACCUCCAAGACAACUACUAUAUCACAGUGUUUAUCAUUGUAACCCAAAUCAGCUUGCGGCAGCAAGAAGGGCGGUGGAUCAUGUAAGAAGAAAACUAAAUAUGUAUUUCAUAAUGUAAACAGCGGGAGUGUACGUUGUAAAUGUUUGGCCUAUAUUUGUCUUGGAUGUUAAAGUGGAGUUUAUGAAUGAAGUGAGUAUUUAUGUGUGAGGAGAGCACCUUGUGAAAUGAAUACUCGUAUAUUUUCAACUCAAAUUUUUUGGUCAUAGAUUUAGUGCCCAGGCUAUAAGAUAUACAAUCAGUUGUGCCAUUAAAAUAUUUCAUUUCUCUCAUUUCUAUCUUAAUCAGUUAUAGUGUUGUAACACUUUUGCCAUAAAUAUUGACUGAUUAUUGAUUCUCAACAGUUUGCCUUGUAGGAUGGACAUGUGAGGGCAUACUGUAAUACUGUUAAUAGAGUAAAGUUCUCCAAGUAUGGUCCCUGUCGAUGUUUUCUAUUUGGCACCUUAUAAAUGUCAGUAUAUGUCACCACGCAUCUUCUGUUCAGUGUUCUUUACUGAAGCCACCUGAAAUUCUCAGUUUUGGAUUAGCUUUACAGUAAGUAGCAGGUUUUCAUAGGUAGACAUGUUUUGCUACCUUCUAUGUACAAAUGUACAGUCCUUGUCAGU